GAGGAGGUUGUGCGAAAAUUUAACAAUGACAUUAUUCCAAAGUUUUGUACGAAACUUCGAUGCUUGACAACCUGGUGUACCGAAAAGAAUUUCAAAGAUGUGGAAAGCAUCUUAAGUGCUUGUCCACAUCUAGAAGCUCUUUCCCUGAGAAGCCUCCCAAUUGAUGGGAACGGUACUUGGUCACAGGUCGACGGAGAUCCCUUGUUUCAACUGCUAGCCAACAAAGCUCCGGAAAAUUUCUCCAAGCUGCGGAUAGGAGGCGAGUGGAGUUUCACCCCUCAAGCUUUGGCAACAUUCCUAUCAAUCAGGAAGAUAAAAGAAAAGCCAUUUACCUUCUGCGUCUGUGAUUGCUAUGACGAAGCCGAAGCCUUAAUUGAGAUUACUCCUAAACAUGAUGAGACCAUAAGGACCUAUCGAGCAUGUGGUAUACUAAAAUACAAAUAUGAAUUUGAAUUCAUCGGUGAAUUUGACUAA